AUGCCUUCAAUAAAAACGAACCUGAGGCAAAUUAUUUACUUCUUACAAAUCAAUUCACAUGGCCUUCCAUUAGCUCUACAAAUCAUAGGUUCCGAUUUGCGUGGAAGAAGCAUACGUGAAUGGGAAAGUGAAUUAGAAAAGUAUAAGAAUAUUCCAAACAAAGAAAUUCAAAAUAUACUAAAAGUAAGUUUUGAAGGAUUGGACAAAAAUGAACAAGAUAUUUUCCUCGAUAUUGCAUGUUUCUUCCAAGGAUUGUCCAAAAAUUACAUUGUGGAUAUCUUAGCUGCUUGCAAUUUAUAUCCGGAUUCUGGUAUUUCAAAACUUAUUGAUAAGUGUCUCAUAAGUGUUGGAUUUGACAAUUUAUGGAUGCAUGACUUGCUACCACAAAUGGGUAGAGAUAUUGUUCAACAAGAAUCAAAUGUGCCUGGAAAUUGUACAAGGCUAUGGUGUUAUGAUGAUGCUUUAGAAGUUCUUACAGAAAAUACGGAUUCAGAUAAAAUUCGAGGCAUAAUGUUGUGCUUCCAUAAACCAAUAACAGUGACAUUGGCACCUAAAGCUUUCAAAAGGAUGAGAAAUCUCAAAUUUCUUUUAGUUGAUAAUGUGCACAUUUGUGAAGAACUUAAAUAUCUCUGCAACGGAUUAAAGUUCCUUCAAUUGCCUAAUUAUCCUUUUCCCUUACCAUCCAAUUUUUAUCCUCAAAAACUUGUUACACUUGAGAUGCCACAUAGUCGCAUUCGAUUCAAACAGAUUACGGAUAUGACGUGUAAUCAUGUAUGGUUUUUAAAGCUAUAUGAAAGUCCCAUCGAUUCAAAGGACUUAAAUCAAUUUGACUGGAAUCGUGUGGAGGUUGAAUUUGGAGCUGCUGUAUCUGUCCACUUGUUCAAAAUGAAAGGGUGGAAGGCGUCUCUCCCCAAUGUGGGAUUGAGCAAAUUCGUGCGGGUGGGACGUAGGUUGAUCCUUGCCCAUCCUAAAGAGAACAAUAUCUGA